AUUUUGAGUUCGAUCCAACAUAUAUUUUUCCGCCACGCCAUUGCUUGCCCCGUGUAUGAACUAUCACCAGCUGCCAUCUUUAGAGUACGGCGUCUCCUCCUUAAUUUUCUGUCUGGGCUUGUUGAUUUUCCCAAUCUUCUUGUUCUGAGUAGGAGAAUUGUUCCGUUUAACAUCUGUUGAGAUCUUUCCGAGAAAUUGAGAAGGGAUUUGACAAAUGGCUAAGGAAACCUCACAUGGGGAAAAUCACAUUAGUGUGAAGCCACCUCCGGAGCCUUCACCGUUGAGAAAAGCCAGAUUCUUUCAGGCAAAUAUGAGAAUCCUGGUUACAGGUGGAGCUGGAUUCAUUGGAUCUCACUUGGUUGACAAGCUGAUGGAAAAUGAAAAGAAUGAAGUGAUUGUUGUGGACAACUAUUUUACUGGCUCAAAGGACAAUUUGAAGCAAUGGAUUGGACAUCCACGGUUUGAGCUUAUUCGGCAUGAUGUGACAGAAACAUUGUUAGUUGAAGUCGAUCAGAUCUACCAUCUUGCUUGCCCUGCUUCCCCAAUUUUCUACAAAUACAACCCUGUGAAGACAAUAAAGACUAAUGUAAUUGGGACACUAAACAUGUUAGGACUUGCAAAAAGAGUAGGCGCAAGGAUUUUGCUGACAUCAACAUCAGAGGUUUAUGGUGACCCUCUUGUGCAUCCUCAGGAUGAAACCUACUGGGGCAACGUCAACCCUAUAGGUGUUAGGAGCUGUUAUGACGAAGGAAAAAGAGUUGCUGAGACUUUGAUGUUCGACUAUCACAGGCAGCAUGGAAUUGAAAUAAGGAUUGCAAGGAUCUUCAACACAUAUGGGCCCCGCAUGAAUAUCGACGAUGGCCGUGUCGUCAGCAAUUUCAUAGCUCAAGCUAUACGUGAUGAACCUCUGACAGUUCAGUUGCCUGGAACGCAGACGAGAAGCUUCUGUUAUGUAUCUGACAUGGUUGAUGGUCUUAUCCGACUAAUGGAAGGAGAUAAUACAGGGCCAAUUAACAUUGGGAAUCCAGGCGAGUUUACAAUGACCGAGCUUGCUGAGACUGUCAAAGAGAUGAUAAAUCCAAAAGUGAAAAUCAUAACAGUAGAAAAUACGCCAGACGACCCUCGUCAGAGGAAACCGGACAUAACAAAGGCAAAGGAAUUAUUGGGAUGGGAACCAACGGUAAAGCUUAGAGAUGGCAUCCCACUUAUGGAGGAAGAUUUUCGGCAGAGGCUUGGAAUUCUCAGGAAGAACUGAAUAAACUCGCUUUGAGUUCUGCAUUUUUAAAUCCCCCAUUUUUAUUUUUAUUUUUUGCACUCUUUCUUUUUUGGAAUGCUGGAAACUAUACAGUUAAAAAGGAAUUUUUCUUGUCUUUAUUAUUUGUUCACUUAUGCUAGCCUUAUUAUUAUUAUUAUUAUUAUUAUUUUUUGUUAUGAUAAUAUUGUAAGUCAGUCGAAUUAUGUGGCCAUUGCUAAAGA